AUGGCUCAAGGAUUGCAUCUGAUAUGGAUGAUCUUCUGUGUUCAUCUGACUUGCAUCUCAAGUCAACAAGAGGAGCCAAACUUUAUCUUCAACGGCUUUCACCAAGCAGACCUUUACACUGACGGUCUUGCCAAGAUUCUUCCUAAAGGACAGUUACAAUUAACCGAUGGAUCAGGACAGAGAAUGGGCCACGCUUUCAUCAAGAAGCCUCUUGUGUUCACUUCACCUGAAUCACUCUCUUUCUCAACACAUUUUGUGUGUGCCUUGGUGCCAGGAGCCAAUGGUGGUCAUGGUAUUGCCUUUGUUUUAUCUGCUUCCAUGGAUCUAACUCAAGCAGAUGCAACACAGUACUUGGGAAUCUUCAACAUCUCGACGCAAGGAUCUAAUUCUUCUCACAUAGUUGCUGUUGAGCUAGAUACCGCACUCAGCUCUGAGUUUGAUGACAUCAAUAACAAUCACGUUGGAAUCGAUGUUAAUAGCCUCAUAUCUGUUGCAUCUACUCCGGCUUCUUACUUCUCCGAGAUUGAAGGUAUAAACAAAGAUAUAAAGCUUUUGAGUGGAGAUCCUAUUCAAGUCUGGGUUGAUUAUGGAGGAAGCUUGCUUAAUGUUUCUUUGGCUCCUCUUAAAAUCAAGAAGCCAAGUCAGCCUCUUUUGUCACAAUCCAUCAACAUUUCAGAGAUUUUUCCGGGAAGAAAGAUCUUUCUUGGCUUCUCUGGAGCAACCGGGACACUGGUCAGCUACCAAUACAUACUUGGAUGGAGUUUUAGUAGAAGAAAAGUUUCAUUGCAGAGCCUUGAUGUCACUAAACUUCCUAAAGUUCCUUCUCAUGGAGCUAAAAAGAAGAGACCAUCAACACUGCUUAUUGUUCUUCUCAUUUUACUGGCGAUCAUAGGGUUGUUGGCUCUUGGAGGAGCUUAUGUUUACAGGAGAAGGAUGUAUGCAGAAGUAAGAGAAGAAUGGGAAAAAGAAUAUGGCCCGCAUCGUUUUUCUUAUAAAGCUCUGUACAAUGCAACGAAAGGGUUUCACAAAGAUGGACUUCUUGGAAAAGGAGGUUUCGGAAAUGUUUACAAAGGAAAAGCUCUGUCUUCAUCCAAUGGAGAAAUAGCAGUGAAAAGGGUUUCUCACGAUGCAGAGGAAGGUAUGAAACAGUUUGUAGCUGAAAUAGUGAGCAUGGGUAAUCUGAAACACAAGAACAUGGUUCCACUUCUUGGUUACUGUAGAAGAAAAGGUGAGUUGCUUCUUGUAUCUGAAUACAUGCCUAAUGGUAGUCUUGACAGAUACUUGUUCCAUCAAGAUAAACCUCCCUUUUCGUGGCGAAGAAGGCUUGUAAUCAUCAAGGACAUAGCUUCAGCUCUCAACUACAUGCAUACAGGAGCUCCACAAGUUGUUCUACACAGAGAUAUCAAGGCUUCUAACGUUAUGUUAGACGCAGAGUUCAACGGGAGGUUAGGUGAUUUUGGUAUGGCGAGGUUUCAUGAUCACGGUGCGGAUCCUGCUACAACUUCUGCUGUGGGAACCAUUGGCUACAUGGCGCCAGAGCUUUCUACAAUGGGAGCUUCCACGGAGACCGACGUUUAUGGUUUUGGUGCAUUUUUGCUUGAAGUAACGUGUGGGAGGAGACCUGUUGAGCCUGGUUUGGAAGGUGAGAGACGGUUUUUGGUUCAGUGGGUUUGCCAAUGUUGGAGAAUGGCUUCUUUGCUUGGAGCUAGAGAUGCCAGAUUGAGAGGUGAGUUUUCAGCUGAGGAAGUUGAGAUGGUGUUGAAACUUGGGUUGAUUUGCACAAAUGCUGUGGCGGAAAUGAGACCUUCUAUGGAAGAAGUUGUGCAAUACUUGAAUGAAAGCUUGAAGCUUCCUGAUAUCUCUCCGAAUUCGACUGGUAUCGGGUCUUUCUCCCUGCUCGGAUCAAACCCUUUCCCUGCUUCCCCUAUUACCAAGAACUUGUCAGCGUCCUUUUACACUUCUUCCUCGGCCAAUGACACUACGUUUGUUACUCAUUCGAUUGUUCAUGGGCAUGGACGGUAA